AUGGCAGAGUUAUUGUCUGGUUUAGAUGGAGUAGAGGCCAUAAUUGAUGAUACAAUAAUCUAUGGCAAAACUUUAGAGGAACAUGAUCAGCGCUUGAGGAAGGUUAUGGACAGGAUACAGGAGUCCGGUCUGAAAUUGAACAAAGAAAAAUGUGAAUUUUCUAAAUCACGAAUUGAGUACUUUGGUCACGUGAUCAGCGACAAAGGAAUAUCACCUAACCCAAAGCGCAUCGAGGCUAUUUGUGACUUAGAGCCUCCAAAAGACAUAACAGAGCUGCGUCGUAUUAUCGGGAUGAUAAAUUACCUGGGGAGAUUUCUACCAGACCUCUCAACCAUCAUGAAGCCUAUGACAGACUUGCUCAAGUCCGACCAAGUGUGGAAUUGGACAGCUAUGCAGCAAAAAGCUUUUGACGACCUGAAAGAAAAGCUGACUGAUACACCAGUACUGGCUUUCUACGAUGCGACUAAGUCAAUGGUGGUCAGUGCAGAUGCCAGUAGCUAUGGUCUUGGGGCGGCCCUAUUUCAGCAGGAUGGAGUAGAGCUACGACCUGUUGCCUUUUGCUCUCGUACCCUAACGUCUACGGAAACAAAAUAUGCCCAAAUAGAGAAGGAGUGUCUCGCAUCGGUGUGGGCUUGUGAGAAAUUCGAAAGAUAUCUCAUUGGUUUGUCUGGUUUUAAACUUCUCACCGACCAUAAACCACUAGUGCCACUCAUAAAUAAGAUGGACCUGGACAGGACACCACUUCGAUGUCAAAGAUUACUAAUGCGUUUGCGUCGAUUCAACGCGACUGCAGAACAUAUCCCAGGGAAAUUGUUGGUUGCGCCGGACACCCUGUCGCGUAGUCCGAUGACAUCACCAGAGACGCAUGUUCAAAGUGAAGAUGACAUAGAACUGUAUGUCAACUCGGUCCGAUCAUGUCAACCUAUUUCAGAUAGGAAGCUAGCUAGCAUCAGACAAGCAAUAUCGGAUGACAAGUUUGCACAGAAAGCGAUUCAUUUCACAAAGUCUGGAUGGCCAGAGCGUGCAACAUGUCUCGAGGAGGGCAUGGAAGGCUACUUCGCAGCACGUGGUGAACUCACAAUAUUAGAUGGUCUGCUAUUAUAUAGAGAUAGGAUAGUCAUACCGGACUGUCAGAGAGCUCAGGUCCUCGAAACAAUACAUGAGGGACAUCAAGGAAUAACGAAAUCUCGCGAACGCGCUGCAAUAUCUGUAUGGUGGCCAGGGAUCAAUAAGGACAUCAAAGAAAAAAUCGAGAAUUGUCAGUUCUGUCAAACCCAUAAACCAUCGCAAAGGAAAGAGCCGCUGAUAACUAAUCCGUUGCCAGGACGCCCAUGGGAAAAGGUAUCUGCUGACUUGUGCGACUUUGAAAAUAAAACUUACCUGGUAGUGAUGGACUAUUUUUCAAGGUAUUUAGAAAUUGCCUACUUACCAAGCACCUCCAGUGCUAAUGUCAUUGGGAAAUUAAAGAACAUGUUUGCUCACUGGGGCGUGCCAAUGGAAUUUGUGUCUGAUAAUGGACCACAGUUUGCUUCAAAGGAAUUCAGUGAAUUUGCAGCCUCUUAUAACUUCCAACAGACAUUUUCUAGCCCACAUUACCCACAAUCUAAUGGGGAAGCAGAAAGUGCUGUAAAGAUAGCGAAACGAAUCUUGAAGCAGGAUGACAUUUUCAAAGCUUUGAUGGCUUACAGGUCAACACCUGUUGCAUCAACUGGAGUCAGUCCUUGCCAGUUGAUUAUGGGACGACAAAUCAGGACCACACUGCCUGUGGUGGAGAAAAUCCUAAAUCCAAGAUGGCCGAAUUUGGACAAAGUCCGAGAUCAUGACAAAGCAUACAAAGAGCAAUAUGCGUACAGCUACAACCAGCACCAUGCUGUAAAGGAGCUACCUGAACUAAGCCCUGGAGAGGAAGUUCGAAUCAAGCUGGACAAUCAGAAAUCAUGGAGCACAAUGGGUCGCGUGGAACAUGCAAACCCAGAACGGCGGUCAUACAUUGUCGCGACACCAAAUGGACGGUACCGGAGAAAUCGUAGACAUUUACAAAUAGUGAAACGCGACACAAAAGGAUACGCACAUAGUACCGCGAUUGACUAUCCAGCCAUCGACAUUCCUGAUGUUGAAGUUCCAAGUGUUCCUGUUGACACAUCGAGGAAACUCGAUAGUGAUAUCCGCGACAAUGUCGAGACGGUUCCAAACAGUCCUCGUAAUCGUGCAUCUAGUAAUAAGGAGAUUGUGCGGGAAUCUCCAGAUAAGUUCGCUAAACAAACCCUACCUGGACAUCCAGUUACAACUCGCUAUGGACGCGUGGUGAAGAGGAUAAUGCUGGAUGAUUAUUCAUAUGAAUGA